AGCAGAGAGAAAAGGGAGAGAAUUGGGAAGAGAAAUUAGGACGGAGAAUGGAAAAGCUGAUUUGAAGAAGAAGCCGGUGCUUAGUAGAAAAAAGUAAAAGAAGGGGAAAAAAAAAUCCCAGUCUCAAGGUAAGUAGCCAAAGCACAUUUGCACUUGGUUCUUUUCUUUGGGUUUUAGUUAAGUCUCAGACUAUAAGACUGGAAAUUGAAGUAUGAGUUAAUGGUAGAAAAUUUGCCCGGCUUGCUUUUGUAAUUUUCGACUUUUCUUUGAUUUGCUGGAUUGGGCUUUUGAAGCUAGUUGUAUUGCUGUUUCUGCAGUUUGGGAAUAAAUAAUAAUUCAUAAAAUGACAGGACAAGUUAAUACCCUUUUUCUUGAACAAUGGUUGAGAACUAAUAGUGGUGGUAUAAUUAGCCACGCAGUUUCUGGACAUUCUUUUUCUUCGUCUCCAUCUUCGUCUUCGUCUGCUCGUGCCAUUAUUCAAGCGUGGUCUGAGCUUAGAGAUUCACUUCAGAACCAAACAUUUCAUCCCCAUAUCCUCCAAUCUUUGAAAACCCUCCUUAACUCGCAAGCCUCUAUUCACGUAGCUGAUCCUCAAGCCAAACUUCUUUUAUCUCUACUCUCGUCUCAAAGUUUCCAUCUUCCUUCCGAAUCGUAUCCUAUCUUGCUCAGGCUUCUUUAUAUUUGGGUCAGGAAGUCUGUCAGGCCGUCUACUGCGCUGAUUGAUUCAACCGUGGAUGUGCUUUCUCGUGUAUUUGCUACCGAAUUUGGUUUGAAGAAAAGCCCUUCUUUUCUUGCCGGGGGUAUUCUUAUUUUUGGGGCCAUUUCAUUCGUGCCUUCUGUGUCUGAAAGUUCGAAAAUAGUGUGCUUGGAGUUGCUUUGUAGGCUGUUGGAAGAAGAUUACCAAUUGGUUAAAUCAUGGGAAGAAACUAUCCCGGAUGUGCUGGCAGGGGUUGGAUAUGCAUUGUCUUCUUCUCUGGAUGUUCAUUUUGUUAGAGUUUUGGAUUCUUUGUUGGGAAUUUGGGGAAAGGGAGAUGGGCCUUCUAGUUUGGUUCAUACUGCACUCAUGAUCCUGCAUUUGGUUGAAUGGGUUGUAUCUGGUUACAUAAAAUCACGUUCUUUUAAGAAAAUUGAAGCCUUUUCACAGGGGACUUUAGGGACUUUGAAGGCAAACUAUGCUCCGUUUGCUCUUGUUAUGGUUGCAGGUGGAGUAUUGAGAGCUAGUAGACAUUCACCUAAUGUCCAGGGGCUAGAGAUUGUUUCCACACUAAGGAUUUCUGCGGAAAAUCGAAUAGUCUUUAUAGCACAAAACUUGAUUUCUAAAACUAAAGGAUUUAUAAACUCUGACAGUGAUCCUGCUAGCAGUCUUCUUCUACAAUGUAUAUCAUUAGCCUUGGCUCGAAGUGGUGCAGUGUCUUUCAGUGCCCCUGUGCUUGUGUGCCUUGCUUCAGCCUUGUUAAGGGAAAUCUUUCCCUUAAGGCACUUAUUUAAGCAGAUUCUUCAGUUCCUCCAUAGCAGUGGGUCUGAGUUGGAGCUCAAUGAGAUUAAGAAACAUCUAGACAGUGUUCUUUUUAAGGAAGCAGGUGCCAUAACUGGUGUUUUCUGCAAUCAGUAUGUCUCAGCAGAUGAGGAGAGCAAAAGUUUAGUGGAGAGUCUUUUAUGGGACUACUGUCAGGAUGUCUAUUCUGGUCACCGGCAGGUUGCUUUGUUGCUUCGUGAAAGAAAGGAUGUGCUGCUAGUCGAUUUGGAGAAAAUUGCAGAAUCUGCUUUUCUUAUGGUUGUGGUUUUUGCUUUGGCUGUAACAAAGCAGAGACUAAACUCAAACUUUUCUCAAGAAAUGCAGCGGGAGAAAUCAGUCCAGAUAUUAGUUUCUUUCUCUUGCUUAGAGUAUUUUCGACGUAUGCGUUUGCCAGAAUAUAUGGAUACAAUUCGAAGAGUUGUAGCAUGUGUUCAGGAAAAUAAGUCUGCCUGCACCUCUUUUGUGGAAUCGAUGCCUACCUAUGUUGACUUGACCACUUGGCAAGACUUUUCCUCCAAGAAGAAAAUGGAGUAUGAAUGGUCCAAGGAUGAGGUGCAAACUGCUCGCAUUUUGUUUUAUGUGCGGGUUAUUCCAACUUGCAUUGAUCGAUUGCCUGCUCUUGUGUUUAGGGGAGUCGUUGCUCCAACUAUGUUUCUAUAUAUGGGACAUCCAAAUGGAAAAGUAGCUCGAGCCUCACAUUCUAUGUUUGUAGCAUUCAUAUCUUCAGGAAAAGACUCUGAGGAUGAAAGAGUGUUGCUGAAGGAGCAACUUGUUUUUUAUUACAUGCAAAGAUCUUUAGAGGGAUAUCCUGGCAUUACUCCUUUUGAGGGCAUGGCUUCAGGAGUUGCAGCGUUGGUUCGACAUCUUCCUGCUGGUAGCCCAUCAACAUUUUAUUGUAUUCAUUGUCUUGUUGAUAGAGCUAAUAAGCUCUGCAGUGAUGCUUUCACUUUAAAUGCUGAUGAGUGGAAGAACUGGCAAGGAGGGCCGGAGCCUUGUAAAAAAAUCCUAGAGUUGCUUUUGCGUCUUAUUUCCCUUGUUGAUAUACAGGUACUACCAGCUCUAAUGAAGUCAGUGGCACAGCUAAUUGUCCAACUACCAAAAACUGGCCAGAACAUGGUUCUUAAUGACUUAUAUGCCCAGGUUGCUGAAUCUGAUGAUGUCACACGCAAACCCACGUUAGUUUCAUGGCUGCAGUCAUUAUCUUAUCUUUGUUCUCAAGCUAAAAGUGAGGUGGUGAUCUCCAAAGGGAGGGAAAGCGAAGAAAACUCUGCUUCUUCUGUGACUAUAGAACCAUCAAACUGGGAUAGACCAAAUUCACGUCUGUGAGACAUCUAGGUGCAGUUCUUCCUAAAUGGCACAGCUAAUUCUCCAAUAGAUGGCUAGAACAUGCGUAGGUUGCCAAAUCUGAUGACAUGCUUCUUCUGGGCCUACAGACCGAUUAUCUCAGAGACAUCUAGUUGCAGUUCUUAAUAAAUGUUUCUUGUUCCUUAUCUGUAUCAUGCUCUUAAUGUUGUAUUACUCUCUCUCUCUCUCUAAAUAUAUAUAUAUAUAUAUAUAUAUUUUCUUAUUCAUCUUGAUAUCGGAAUAAAUGGAACCACUUGUAAUUAUUACAAUACUGCCUCUUCAAGUCAAAUAGGCGGUUUGUAUUUUGUACUCGCAGUGAAAUAAUGAAU